AAGGCCGAAACCCGGGCUUCCAGAACAGGUCCGCAUCUCCCUCGCCCCAAUCCAAGCAAUGGGGCUCUGCAGGGCCCGUUCCAGUUUCCGGGAAGCCGCUUCGUCGCCUGCCCGGGGCUGCCUGAGCGACUUGCCUGAGCGUGCGAGGGGGGGAGGAGCAGGGCGGGGUCAGGCGGCUCUCUCGGCUCGCGCUGGCUGCCGGCCCCCCUGCUAGAGAGAGAGAGAGAGGGAGAGGGAGAGAGAGGGAGAGAGAGCGCGCGCAAGAGAGAGGCAGAGCCCAAGCGCCGACUGAGGAUGGCGGGCAGCCCCGCGGGACUGCGGGGCCACCUGGUUUGCUUCCUGGCCCUCCUGUUGCGAGAACUUCUCCGGGCGAGGGCAGAUGGCCUUGUGGAUGUGCUCCAGGCAUUUGGCGUGCAGGAGGGCAAGAAUGGGGUCACCAUCGCUGCUGGGAUCUGCACUCAGAGGAAUGGAUCGGAGGAAACUGACCUGGCCUUCCGCCUGGAGAAUCGGACUCAUUUCAUCACUCCCACAAGGCAGCUCUUUCCUGAUGGCCACUUCCCAGUGGACUUUUCAAUAUUAGCCACAAUGAGAGCACUCAAAGGCAGCCAAUCUUUUCUGUUUUCCCUGUAUGAUGAACGUGGUGUACAGCAGCUUGGUGUAGAGAUUGGACGUUCCCCUGUUUUCCUCUAUGAAGACCAGCUGGGUUUUCCAGUGCCCGAGGACUAUCCUCAUUUUCACAGAGUCAACUUGGCUGAUGGCAAAUGGCACCGCAUUGCUCUAAGUGUGAAAGGUGAAAGUGUAUCUUUGAGCAUUGACUGUGAAGAUGCUAUAAUGUUACCCCUGAAGCGAAGCAAGCAGCCAGUUGUCAGUAUCGAUGGGGUCACCUUGCUUGGGGCACGUCGACCAGAUGAAGACAUUUUUGAGGGAGAUCUCCAACAAUUACUGCUUGUGCCAGACCCAGCAGCUGCUGCCCAAUAUUGCCAGGAUUACAUGCCUGAUUGCAGCAGACAACUCAUCUAUAAAUUGCAGACUCAGGAUGCAGAAGAGAACAUUCCACAGAGGAAGGGCAAGAAGGGCAAAGGCAGAGGCAAAGGAAAGGGCAAGGGCAGGAAGAAAGGUAGAGGCAAGAAGAAGAGAAACAAAGAGUCCCUCGAGAAGUCCUCGCUCAUUCCAGCCUCAGGCGAGAAUGAGACUCCAACUGAUAUUAGUCCGACAAAGGCAGCUACUGAGUUCUGGGAAAAGGAUCCUGAUGCAGAGCUUGGCAUCCUCACUUCUACCACUAUGACAGCCAACUUCAACCUUACAGACAAUUACCAGGACCUUCUUGGAGAAGAGUAUUUAAUCAAUGAGAAUACAGACUUGAACGCCAGUGUCACUUACAGAGCAUUUGAGGAGAGACUUGACAAUAAAGAUUACGAGGACUACUAUGACCAACGAGGGGCCAGUGAAGCAGAGCGGUAUGAUCCAGCUGAGCACAUUGAAGCCACCAUCAUAUUUCCCGAGCAGCAACCAAAUCUGAAAGGACAGAAAGGGGAGGCAGCGGUAAUUGAACCUGGUAUGAUUUUUGAAGGGCCAGCUGGAUAUCGAGGACCACAGGGAGAGACGGGUCCCAUGGGAUCACCAGGGCCACCAGGAUUUCCAGGAGACCCUGGUGAGCAGGGACCACCAGGACACCCAGGUCUUCCAGGAGCUGACGGGCUACGUGGACCUCCUGGAACAAUGCUCAUGUUGCCAUUCCAGUUUCGUGGUGAUUUACUUAAAGGCCCUUCAGUAUCUUUCCAGGAGGCCCAGGCCCAGGCUAUUUUACAGCAAGCCAAGCUUUCCAUGAAAGGGCCUCCUGGCCCAAUGGGACUCACGGGAAGGCCAGGACCACCAGGUCUACCAGGAAAAUCAGGACAAAAAGGGGAUUCGGGUGACGCCGGACCCCAGGGUUCCCCCGGGAUACAGGGACCAAUUGGACCUCCAGGGAAAACUGGCAAGCGGGGUCGUUCAGGAGCUGAUGGUGGCAGAGGACUCCCAGGAGAAACAGGACCCAAGGGUGACCGGGGCUUUGAUGGUCUCCCAGGACUCCCUGGAGAAAAGGGAAACAGAGGAGAUAUAGGAAAGCCAGGCCUACCUGGACCUCCUGGAAAUGAUGGUUCUAAGGGCUCUGAAGGUGUGCAAGGGCCCAGAGGACAGCCUGGGGAAGCUGGUGUACGUGGUUUGCCAGGCUCGCGAGGUAAUCCUGGUUCUCAUGGCCAGCCGGGUAUCACUGGUAUUGAUGGUGCUCCUGGGCCUAAAGGCAACAUGGGCAUUCCAGGUAAACCAGGCCCAUCUGGGCAACAAGGAAACCCUGGAUCUCACGGUUUGCCCGGUCCUCAGGGCCCCAUUGGGCUUCCAGGAGAAAAGGGUCCACCAGGAAAACCAGGAAUACCAGGAUUGGCUGGAAUGGAUGGACCUCCGGGGCACCCUGGAAGAGAAGGGCCAGCUGGAGAGAAAGGAGCUCAGGGUCCAUCUGGUGCAGCAGGGCCAGUUGGUUAUCCAGGUCCACGAGGAGUCAAGGGGGCCUUUGGAAUAAGGGGCCUCAAAGGCAGCAAAGGUGAGAAGGGUGAAGAUGGAUUCCCUGGCUUCAAAGGUGAUAUGGGGCCCAAAGGUGAUCGGGGUGAUGCCGGCCCACUGGGCAUACGUGGUGAGGAUGGCCCUGAGGGGCUGAAAGGACAGGUGGGACCUACUGGGGAACCAGGUCAUCCUGGCCUGUCUGGUGAGAAGGGCAAAUUGGGGGUGCCAGGGCUGCCAGGCUAUCCUGGCCGCCAAGGACCCAAGGGUUCGACCGGAUUCCCAGGGCCCCUAGGCCUCAUUGGAGAAAAAGGCAAACGAGGAAAAGCUGGCCAGGCAGGACAGACUGGAGAACGUGGUCCUCUGGGUAUUUCUGGUGAACGUGGUUUGCCAGGCUCUACAGGGAAACCAGGACCAAAGGGUGACUCUGGCCAUGAUGGCCCCCCAGGGACUAUAGGAGAAAAGGGGCCCACUGGGCCACAGGGAUCCAAUGGAUUCUCAGGAUCAAAGGGACCACCAGGUCCUAUAGGAAAAGAUGGUCUACCAGGACAUCCAGGCCAGCGUGGUGAGCCAGGAUUUCAUGGCAAAACUGGCCCACCAGGGCCAUCAGGUGUUAUUGGGCCACAGGGAAACACAGGAGAAACUGGCCCUAUGGGGGAGAGAGGCCACCCAGGGUCCCCUGGUCCUCCUGGAGAACAAGGCCUGCCCGGUAUUGCUGGUAGGGAAGGUGCCAAGGGUGAUCCUGGACCUAGUGGCAUCCCAGGCAUUCCAGGUCCUCCUGGAAUCAGAGGCUUCACAGGAGCCCGUGGUGCUGUUGGAGAGAAAGGACCAAUUGGGCUGAAAGGAGCAGAAGGGCCACCUGGUCCAGCAGGCACUAUCGGUCCUCCUGGAGAACGAGGUCCCUCUGGAGCAGCCGGAGGCAUUGGACUACCAGGAAGAGGGGGUAAUCCCGGACCACCUGGACCUGCAGGGGAGAAAGGAGCACCGGGUGAUCGAGGACCAAUGGGUCCAGCUGGUCAUGAUGGAAUCCUAGGUCCAGUGGGGCUUCCAGGCCCAGCUGGGCCUCCAGGACUUGCUGGAGAGGACGGUGACAAAGGAGAAAUGGGUGGCCCAGGACAGAAGGGAAGCAAGGGCGACAAAGGAGAUGUGGGUCCUCCAGGACCAACUGGGAUCCAGGGUCCUAUUGGGCAUCCAGGAUCUGCUGGAGUUGAUGGGGAGCCUGGGCGCCGAGGGCAACAGGGCAUGUUUGGCCAAAAAGGAGAUGAAGGAGCUCGUGGAUUUCCAGGCGUCAGUGGCCCACCUGGUUUACAGGGAAUGCCAGGACUCCCAGGUGAGAAGGGUGAAAGUGGUGAAACUGGGCUAAUGGGCCCACCUGGAGCUCCAGGGGCCAGAGGCCCACAAGGUCCCAAUGGUGGAGAUGGCCCACAAGGUCAGCGUGGUGGGAUAGGCCAGCCUGGUGCUGUUGGUGAAAAGGGUGAACCAGGUGAAGCAGGGGAUCCUGGACCACCAGGGGACCCAGGCCAACAGGGAGUGAAAGGUGAUGUUGGUGAAAAAGGAGAUUCUGGCCAGUCUGGAGCAGCAGGGCCACCUGGAAAAAAAGGCCCCCCAGGAGAAGAUGGAUCCAAAGGGAACCUGGGUCCGAUAGGAUUCCCUGGUGACCCGGGCCCAACUGGAGAUCCUGGUCCUCCUGGCCUAGAUGGAAUUUCUGGUGAGAAAGGUGAUGUGGGCGAUCCAGGACUUCCAGGUCCACCUGGAGCUUUGGGGGAACCAGGUCCUCCUGGGCCACCAGGGAAGAGGGGACCUUUUGGGCCAGCUGGACGUGAAGGUCGACAGGGUGAGAAAGGGACCAAGGGUGAACUUGGUACAGAAGGUCCCUCAGGGAAAAUGGGACCGGUGGGCCCACAAGGACCUCCGGGCCAACCUGGUUCAGAAGGUCUGCGUGGAAUUCCUGGUGCAGCAGGUGAACCUGGUUUAUUGGGAGCUCCAGGACAGUCAGGGCCCCCAGGUCCCAUGGGUCCUGCAGGGCUCCCUGGUCUCAAAGGUGAUCCUGGCUACAAGGGAGAGAAGGGUCAUGCAGGACUCAUUGGGUUGAUUGGUCCUCCAGGUGAGAUGGGUGAAAAAGGUGACCAGGGACUGCCAGGGAACCAGGGAACAUCAGGCACUAAGGGCGACCCUGGCAGUAUUGGACCUCAGGGUCCUCCAGGCCCACCUGGAUCUCCUGGCCUCUCGGGCCAUCUGGGACAAAAAGGCAACAAAGGCUCUUUGGGACCUAUUGGACCAAAAGGUGAUCUAGGACCACCAGGGCCACCAGGACCACCAGGCCACCCUGCUGAACUGCAGAAUCCAAUACCCAUGGGAAGUGGGCGCACAAGCCGCCAAGACUGGGAGAUAGAAGAACAGAGAGAUGCUCCAGGGGAGGGGUAUAUUGAUCCUGAUGCUGAUGGACUAGCAGAAGUCUUGGCAGCCCUGAGCUCUCUACGUGAUGAGGUGGAGCAAAUGCGAUGCCCAGUGGGCACUCUGGACAGUCCAGCUAGGGUCUGCAAGGAGCUUCAGUUUUGUCAUGCUCAUCUCAAAGAUGGUGAAUACUGGAUUGAUCCAAACCAGGGAUGCAGCCGAGAUGCCUUCAAAGUUUAUUGCAACUUCACAGCUGGUGGAGAAACCUGCUUAUUCCCUGACAAGAAAUUUGAGGCUGUACGACUUGCCGCCUGGAGCAAGGAGCAACCAGGAAAUUGGUUCAGCACUUUCAAAAGAGGCAAAAAGUUCUCUUAUGUGGAUGCAGAUGGCAAUCCUGUGCUGGUCACUCAACUCACAUUCCUUCGCUUGCUGAGUGCCGUUGCCCGGCAGAACUUCACCCUCUUCUGCCAAAAUAUGGCUGCUUGGUAUGAAGCUGACACCCACAGCCAUAUGAAGGCAUUGCAUUUUCGGGCUUUCAAUGAUGUGGAGUUGAUGCACAACAGCACAGAUACUCCCAUCCAUGCCUUGUAUGAUGGCUGCCAGGUUCGCAAAGGUCAGGAGCGGACAGUUCUACAAAUAGUGACGCAACAUGUGGAGCAUCUACCAUUGAUUGAUGUGGCUGUUCAGGAUUUUGGCGAUGCCAACCAAAAGUUUGGCUUUGAACUUGGCCCGGUCUGCUUCAGUGGCUGAGCCUUCCAAAGAUGGACACUCCCUCUAGACCAUGUUGGACCACCUCUAGAAAAGAGAGACCUAAAAGCCUUUUCUCUCUGCACUGGUGGGUGGGGGGUGGAGGGAUGCAGGAAUGGAGUCAGCCUUGCAAAGACCUGCCGUUGUAUUUAACCUGAUGACAGCCUCCUAUUUAUGCGGCCAAGGUCCCUCAGGGUGUGACUCUUUGGGAGUUGCACAGGGUUCAGACUGAGCCAGGGCCCUCUCUCGUUGCAGCUCCAUUAUUGGUGCUAUUAUGCCGUCUUAGUGAAGCACUGGACUGACUGGUCAGAUCUGGCCACCUGUAGCGAUGGGAAUAAUGGAAACCACAUUCUCCAUAGUUGAACUUCACCCCAAAAAAGGACAUGGGGAUGUCAAGAUUAUGCCUGAAGCAUGUUGGGAACUGGAAAUUCAGGACCAAUCCAUUGGCACAGCCAUCUAUUCUAAGGCAUGGGCAAUGGGAAAGAAUGGAGAAGUAGAGUAAUAGUUUUGGAACUAACAGGCAAACACAGAAAAACAAGAUACUGUACUGAUAUACGAUUUAAGGAAUAAGCAUAGGAUAUCCUUAUUUUUUUAAACUGUAUUGUACUGAAUUCAACUCAAAUGAUAAGUGUCUUGACAUGACAGUGGAAUGCAAUUUGGGAUAGUGUAUAUAGGACUGUUCCAUCUCAUUCCUUCCAAUUACCAUGGAGAUAAAUUGACAUAUAUUUCUCUACAACAAGCAAAAGCUAUCCAGAUACUAUGCUUAGAAUCUGCAUCCUCUUGGGGAAAAAGAAUCACUAUCUGCUUUUCCUAUCUUAAGAUCAAAUGGUGCUUGGGUAGCAAGACAUACAAAAUCUUGCUGUUAGAAUGCUGAGCCUGUUUCCCAUUUUUUAUAUUUACUACAAAAACUUCACCAUAACCCUGCAAGCCCACCAUCGUUUUUAUGUUGGAAAGAGUAGUCACAAGCCAUACUCACUAGUCUCUCAUUCUAUCAUUCUAUUCAUGCUCAGCAGAUUCCUAUUAGACAUUCUUCCCCAACUUAGCAACCACCAUUAGUUUAGGGAGGGAAAACUGACUGGAAAUUUUGAGAGCUGUAGACUGAACACAGCUGUAGAGCACUAGGUUGGGGAAGACUGUUGUUAAGGUAUGGCUAGUGAUUCUGACAUGUUUUAUCCUUAUGGAGGAAAGAAAGUAUAGUAAAGCUUGAUUCUCUGCUAGCAAGACACUUAACAGACUCCUUGAAACCCAGCAGCCUAUUCAGAGAUGGAGCUUGUACCUUGUGUUUUGCCUUCUGCACUGUGCCAUGUUCAUCAUUUAUCACUGAAUUUUCCUCACACUCUGGUGCUAAGUGCCCCUAUUUUUUAUGCUUCCAUGUAUCUCAGGCUGUGGCACAAACUGGGUAUGUAUGUGUCCACAGAUGUAUGAUGGUUACUGUAUUCGCCUAAAACCCUCAUUAAACCACAAAACAUGACUGCCCACCA